AUGCUUCAACGCACUAUACGCCAGACUAUAAACUGGGGUGAUCAGAACAAGAUCGCCUUCGCCCCGGAAAAACUUGAGAUGAUUCACCUCUCUUGUCGACAAGCUAUCUAUACUCCGGAUCUAGUAGUAAACGAAAAUCUCACAAUCAGAGCUAUCUCCGACACAGAGGACACAGGAGAACAAUCUGCGCUCCGUUGGCUAGGAGUGUGGUUCGAUUGCAAAAUGACCUUUAAAAGACAUCUUGCAGAGAGGGAAAAUAAAGCACAUAGAGUAACACAAUACAUCAGAGGUCUAGCUAAAGUUAAGAAUGGCCCUUAG